CUACCCACAGGAUCACCAUGGGGACAACCAAGGAUACACCGAUAUGGAGGCUGAUAUGCCUGGUACUACUGAUCAGAUCAACACAAACAGUGAGCCCCACCACAAGUGUAACAAUCAUCCCGACUAUGAUCACGACUAUACCCACACUUUCAGGAGUGAAUGCCUCACAUAAUGACCAGGUCUGCAGCACAUGGGGUAACUAUCACUUCAAGACCUUCGACGGGGACUUUUUCCAGCUCCCCUCGACCUGCAACCAUGUUGUGACCUCACUGUGUAAGAGCAGCUAUGAGGCUUUCAACAUCCAGAUGAGGCGGCAAGUGGUGGACAACCAGCCCACCAUUAGCAAGAUCACCAUGAAGCUGGAUGGUGUAGUGGUUGAGCUAUCCAAGGGUGUUGUUGUGGUCAAUGGGCAGACGGUGACCCUGCCGGUCAGCUUGUCUGGAGUCAGCAUCGUGAAGACUACAUCCAAUGUGAAGGUCGUAGCCAAACUGGGGCUGGUUGCUGUUUGGAACAAGGAUGACUCCCUAAUGAUUGAAAUGAACGAGAAGUACAGAAACCAGACCUGCGGACUGUGUGGUGACUUCAAUGAAGUCCAAACAUACAAUGAGUUCAUCAUCAAUGGUGGGAAACUCUCUAGCUCUGACUAUGGAAACCUCUGGAAACUGGAUGGUCCUCUGGAAGUCUGUGAGGAGCCUACACUAACUUCUGAGGAGAGUUGUGGAGAUGAGGAAUUUUGUCAGCAGCUGUUCUCUAGUGCAGCUUUCAGUAGCUGCACUAAUUAUUUGGACAAUGAUGCCUUCGUCGAGACCUGCCUGGCUGACCUGUGCCACUGUGAUAACAGCACCAACUCCUUCUGCCUGUGCAACACCAUCUCAGAGUACUCCCGUCAGUGUGUUCAUGCAGGGGGGAAGCCCCAGCAAUGGAGGGCUGAACAGUUCUGCUAUAAGACAUGCCCCGACAACAUGGAGUACCAGGAGUGUGGAAGCCCCUGUGUUGACACCUGCUCCAACCCAGAGGCCAGACAGUUGUGUGAAGACCACUGUACAGGCGGCUGCUUCUGUCCUCUAGGUACUGUUUUCGAUGAUGUCAACAACAGUGGCUGUAUUCCAGUGAGCGAAUGCCUCUGUGUCCACAAUGGACAAUUAUACAAGUCUGGAGAAUCUUACACCAGCAACUGUAAAGAAUGCACCUGUGCUGGUGGUCAGUGGGCCUGCACAGACAAGGACUGUCCUGGGACCUGCUCUGUGGAGGGAGGAUCCCACAUCAACACCUAUGAUGGGAAAGCCUACACCUUUCACGGAAGCUGCUCUUACAUUCUGACCAAGCAAUGCAAUGGAACUGAAUUCACCGUGCUGGGAGACAUUGUGAAGUGUGGGUUGACUGACACUGAGACGUGUAUGAGGGCUGUUACCCUUGCCCUCUCCAGCAGAUCCACCGUGAUCCGAGUCCAGUCAUGUGGAAGUGUUUUUGUAAAUCAGAUUCUUUCUCAGCUCCCACUCUAUACAGCUGAAGUGACCGUCUUCAAGCCCUCCUCAUUCUUCAUUGUUAUCCAGACAACUCUUGGAGUUCAACUUCAGAUCCAGCUUUUACCAGUUAUGCAGAUCUACAUAACUGCCAUCUCAUCCUACAAAGGAACAACCUGUGGCCUUUGCGGAAACUACAAUAAUGUUCAGGCAGAUGAUUUCAGAGUCAUCAGUGGAUUGGUGGAGGGCACAGCUGUAGCUUUUGCCAACACAUGGAAGACCAUGUCUAGCUGCCCUGAUGUCAAGACUAGCUUUGAAAACCCCUGCAGUUUGAGCAUUGAAAAUGAGAAAUAUGCCCAGCACUGGUGUUCCAUGUUAUCAGAUCCUAAAGGAGUGUUCUCGCCUUGCCAUUCUGAAAUAAGACCUGACACCUACAAAACCAAUUGCAUGUAUGACAGCUGUAACUGUGAGAAGAGUGAGGACUGCAUGUGUGCUGCCGUCUCCUCUUAUGUCCACGCUUGUGCUGCCGAGGGUAUCCAGCUCACUGGCUGGAGAGACACUAUCUGCAAUACAUUUGCCACUUGCCCCAGUCAAACAGUUUAUACCUACAACAUGACCAGCUGUGGACGCACCUGCCGCUCCCUGAGCAUGACAGACCAAUCUUGCCAGGUGAAGUUUGUUCCGGUGGAUGGAUGUGGCUGUGCAGAGGGCACCUACAUGGACGAGGCUGGCCAGUGUGUUGCCCCCACCAACUGUCCCUGCUAUGACAAGGGCUCGGUGGUCCCUGCAGGAGAGACUAUCAGCAGAGACGGUGCCACCUGCACUUGCAGACAAGGGACACUGAGUUGCACUGGGGAAGCAAGACUAUUUAUAUGCACACUGCCAAUGGUUUUCUUCAACUGCUCAACUGCACCUCCAGGAGCUUCAGGUUCAGAGUGUCAGAAGAGCUGUAAAACUCUGGACAUGACCUGUAUUAGCACAGAGUGCACAUCAGGUUGUAUGUGCCCCAACGGACUGGUUUCUGAUGGAAACGGAGACUGCAUCAAGGAGGAACUUUGUCCUUGUGCUCACAAUGGAGCUACUUACCAAGCUGGAGAGACACUUAAGGUUGACUGCAAUACAUGUACUUGCAAGGACAGACAAUGGCAGUGUACCACACAUCUCUGUGAUGGAGUUUGUGCAAUCUAUGGAGAGGGUCACUAUAUCACUUUUGAUGAGAAAAGGUUCAACUUUAAUGGAAACUGUGAAUACACUCUCAUUCAGGACUACUGUGGCAAUAGUAAUGGCAGUGGCAGCUUCAGAGUCCUCACUGAGAACGUUCCUUGUGGAACUAAAGGCACCACCUGCUCCAAGACCAUCAAGCUCUUCCUGGGGACCAGUGAGCUCAUAUUGGCAGAUGGGAACGCUCAAGUUGUCAGGAGUACUCCAGAAGAGCAGUUUCCUAAACAGAUCAGCCUUCUGGGGAAUUAUCUGGUCAUUGAAGUCAAAAGUGGUCUAAUCCUCAUGUGGGACAAGAAGACCAGUCUCUUUAUCAAGCUUAGCCCACAAUACCAGGGCCUGGUGUGUGGUCUGUGUGGAAACUAUGAUGGCAACGCAAACAAUGACUUCACCACUAGAGCCCAAGCGACUGUUGUUGAUCCGGUGGAAUUUGGAAACAGCUGGAAAGUUUCAUCAAGCUGUCCAAGUGUAUCCGCUGUAGUGCACCCAUGUGCCUCCAACCCGUACAGAGCGUCUUGGGCCCAGAAACAGUGCAGCAUCAUUAACAGUGAUGUCUUCACAGCCUGCCAGAACCAGGUGGACCCCUCUCCUUACUAUGAUGCUUGUGUGAGAGACUCAUGUGCUUGUGACAGUGGUGGAGACUGCGAGUGCUUCUGUACCGCAGUGGCAGCUUAUGCAAAGGCCUGUAAUGAAGCUGGAGCAUGCGUAGCCUGGAGAACCCCUCGAAUUUGCCCACUGUUCUGUGAUUACUACAACCCUACUGGAGAAUGUGAGUGGCACUACAAGGCAUGUGGAGCUCAGUGUAUGAAGACCUGCAGAAACCCUUCCGGAGACUGUUCUAGUUUAAUUCCAGCAUUGGAAGGCUGCUAUCCUAACUGUCCUGCGGCACAACCUUACUUCAAUGAGGAGACAAUGAAGUGUGUGGAGAGGGAACAAUGUGGCUGUUAUGACUAUGAAGGAAACCAGUACACCAAUGGACAGAAUCUUCCGGCACAAAAUUGUGAAACAUGCACCUGCACAAUGACUGGAGUGAGCUGUAGUUAUGAUGUAAAUGAUUGUACAUGCUUGCAUAAUGGUAAACAACACCCAUAUGGAGAAACCCUCUACAAUACAACAGAUGGGAUUGGUAACUGCAUAGUUGCUGUUUGUGCCUCGAACGGAACCAUUACCAGGAACAUUUCCCCUUGUAAAGUGAUCACAACUCCAGUACCAACCACAACAUCCCCUCUGACCACAACAACUGUCCAUGCAACUACAACACAGACCUCUACAACAACACUAAAGCCCACAACUGUCUUCCACUUCUCAACACCUGAACCAACAUCAACAUCAACAUGGACGUCAACAACAAUGGAGACCACAACAACUACGGUACCCUCAACAAGUGGAGAAGAAUCUACAUCGACGACAGCUGAAAAGUCAACAAAGGAAGAAACAACAACUGAGAACAUCGCAUCCACAAAGCCACCUAAAGAAGUCACCACAGGCCCAACAACCACUUCCACAACUGUAAAUGUUGAAACUUCUACUUCAACAUCACAGCCCACAGCAACAGGUGAAGAAACAUCAGGGCCAGUUGUCAUUACAUCCAAUCCCACUACUUUAACAACAACAACAAUUGCACCCACAACAACGACACCUACCACAGGUGGAAUGACAACAGUUGAAGAAACCACAAAUGAGACAAGUCCAUCUACAAAACCACCUAAAGAAGUCACCUCAGGCCCAACAACCACUUCCACCACUGUAAUUGUUGAAACCUCUACUUCAACAUCACAACCCACAGCAACAGGUGAAGAAACAUCAGGGCCAGUUGUCAUUACAUCCAAUCCCACUACUUUAACAACAACAACAAUUGCACCCACAACAACGACACCUAGCACGGGUGGAACAACAAGAAUUGAAGAAACCACAUCUGAGUCAAUUUCAACUACAUCGACAAAGCCACCUAAAGAAGUCCCCACGGGCCCAACAACCACUUCCACCACUGUAAAUGUUGAAACCUCUACUUCAACAUCACAGCCCACAGCAACAGCCCACAGCAACAGGUGA